CGUGAAUUGGGUUCAGGAGAGUCCCAGACCCUAUAUAGGCCUACAUCUGGUGGGAUAUGGAGCAGAGGAACCUGAGUCAGGCUAGAAGAAUGAGGGUCUCAUCUUCGUGUCACCAGUUCUGAGUGCGGAGGAAGGCUACAGAAUGUUCCAAAGCCAGCUUCACCCAGUUUGAGGAGAACACCUGCUUCCCAAGAAGCUGCUUGUUGGACCGGCCCCCAUUUUCAUGAGAGCCCACUAAGGUCUACGAAUCCUCUUUCUUCUGUCCUACAAUGGCCUCCAACGACCAGAAUGGUGGAAGUGUCUCUUCUUCCAGUAGCCGUCUACAGAGCCGAAAGCCUCCCAACCUCUCCAUCACGAUCCCGCCCCCAGAGGUCUCGGCCACAGGCGAACAGGACAGCGUGCUACAGCCCGAGAGGCCUAGGAACCCGGCCUAUAUGAAGAGUGUGAGUAUGCAGGAGCCCCGGGGACGAUGGCACGAAAACAGCUCCGAUCGUCGUCCUGCCUUUCGACGCCAGGCCUCCCUGUCCCAGAGCAUCCGAAGGGGCACUGCACAGUGGUUUGGUGUCAGUGAAGAUUGGGAUGGAAAGAGACAGAACUGGCAUCGGAAGAGCCUCCACCACUGCAGUGUACGCUAUGGGAAGCUGAAAGCCUCCUGUCAAAGAGACCUGGAGCUCCCCAGCCAGGAGGUGCCUUCUUUCCAGGGCAUUGAGUCCCCCAAAGCCUGCAAGAUGCCCAAGAUUGUGGAUCCACUUGCCCGGGGCCGGGCAUUCCGACACCCAGAUGAGGUGGACAGCAGGCACCACCCCCCAAUGCCACCACUGACCCCAGGCAUGUUGUCCCUCAGCUCCUUCACUAGUGUCCGAUCAGGCUACUCACACCUCCCCCGUCGAAAGAGGAUGUCUGUGGCCAAAAUGAGCUUUCAUGCUGCAGCUGCUAUCCUCAAGGGCCGAUCUGUGCUGGAGCCCACGGGCCAGAAACGACGGGUGAUCAAACGGAGCUUUGCCUGCCCCAGUUUCCAUGAGGAGGAUGUGGUGGAUGGAGCAGACACGUUUGACUCCUCAUUUUUUAGUAAGAUCGACAUGCAGGAGAUGUGUUCUAUGCCUGAUGAUGUCUUUGAGUCGCCCCCACUCUCUGCCAGCUACUUCCGAGGGAUCCCACACUCUGCCUCCCCCCAGUCCCCUGAGGGGUUACACAUUCCCAUGAAGGAUUACACGCAGGUUCCCACUUCAGCCACCAAGCGAGGCCAGCGCAUCGCCUCCAAGGUUAAACACUUUGCCUUUGACCGGAAAAAGCGACACUAUGGGCUGGGAGUGGUAGGGAGCUGGCUGAAUCGGAGCUACCGGCGUAGUAUCAGCAGUACCAUACAGCACCAGCUAGAGAACUUUAGCAGCCACCGGCCAUACUUUACUUACUGGCUAACCGUUGUCCACAUCCUGAUCACGCUCCUGGUGAUCGGCACUUAUGGCAUCGCCCCUAUCGGGUUCGCUCAGCAUGUCACCACCCAGCUGGUGCUAAGGAAUAAAGGCGUAUAUGAGAGCGUAAAGUACAUCCAACAAGAGAACUUCUGGAUUGGCCCAAGCUCGAUUGAUUUGAUCCAUCUGGGAGCCAAGUUCUCCCCAUGCAUCCGGAAAGAUCAACAGGUUGAGCGGUUGAUCCAGCGUGAAAGAGACCAAGAACGUGACUCGGGCUGUUGUGUCCAGAAUGACAACUCAGGCUGCAUCCAGACUCAGCGGGCAGACUGCUCAGAGACUUUGGCUACUUUCACUAAAUGGCAAGAAGACACUGGUCCCCCCAUGGACAAGUCUGACCCAAGCUUGAGGCGAACAUCAGGGGCCGUUUGCCACCAGGACCCCAGGACAUGUGAGGAGCCAGCCUCCAGUGGUGCCCAUAUUUGGCCAGAUGAUAUCACCAAGUGGCCAAUCUGCACGGACCAGGCCAAGAAUAACCACACUGGCUUCCUUCACAUGGAUUGCCAGAUCAAGGGUCGACCGUGUUGCAUUGGCACUAAGGGCAGCUGUGAGAUCACAACCCGGGAAUACUGUGAGUUCAUGCAUGGCUAUUUCCAUGAAGAAGCAACACUCUGUUCUCAGGUACACUGCUUGGACAAAGUGUGUGGGCUUCUGCCAUUCCUGAAUCCUGAGGUCCCUGAUCAGUUCUACAGACUUUGGUUGUCUUUGUUCCUUCAUGCUGGGUUGGGGCACUGCUUCGUGUCUGUGCUUUUCCAAAUGACCAUCCUCCGGGACCUGGAAAAAUUGGCAGGCUGGCACCGAAUCGCCAUCAUCUUUAUCCUCAGUGGCAUCACAGGCAACCUAGCCAGCGCCAUCUUCCUGCCAUAUAGAGCAGAGGUGGGUCCUGCGGGCUCCCAGUUUGGCGUCCUUGCCUGCCUCUUUGUCGAGCUCAUCCAGAGUUGGCAGCUCCUGGAAAAUCCCUGGAAGGCCUUCCUGAACCUGUCGGGCAUUGUACUCUUCCUCUUCAUCUGUGGCCUUCUACCCUGGAUCGACAACAUUGCCCACAUCUUCGGUUUCCUGAGUGGCCUGCUACUCUCUUUCGCUUUCCUGCCCUAUAUCACCUUUGGCACAGGAGACAAGUAUCGCAAGCGAGCCAUGAUCCUGGUGUCCCUGCUCAUCUUUGCAGGGCUUUUUGCUUCCCUCGUCAUCUGGCUGUAUGUCUACCCCAUCAACUGGCGUUGGAUUGAAUACCUCACCUGCUUCCCCUUCACCAGCCGAUUCUGUGAGAAAUACGAGCUGGAUCAGGUGCUACACUGAUGCCUUUCCCUGAUCCGGGCUCCAGGCCUGCUAAAGGAUGGGAAGCCACAAGAUGCCCCCAGGUGGGUGUCUGGUGCCACCAAAGUUUGGGCCCUUAAAGGAGAAGGGGAGCGCCAUGAAACUCCUUUCCCUCAGUCGGGAGGCUACGUGAAUGUGCAGCAUCCUGGAGUCAGAGGACAUUUGCUCACUGGCACCUCCUAGAAGAAGGUUGGGGCAGCAUCCACUUGUCAUAGAUAGGUCAGGCAAGAGGAGGCUCCUCAGGUUCCCAGGGGCAUUUUGGGAAGUGGGGGCCCCACUCUUUCUUCAACCCUCAUGUUCUUGACUGAAGCCUCUUAAGGGAGGCCCAGGUAGCCUACUCCUAGGCAGUUCAGUUCACACAAGCUCAGGUCCUCUUGCCUCCCCUCCACCAUCAUUAGGAGGUCAGGAAAUCUUUCCCUGCCAGGCCUCUGGUUAUGCUUAGCCAUGGUCUGUCUUGGUGCCUUCUCUCCCUCUCUUCACUACCUGUAAUUCAUUCCCAGCCCAAGGAAGCCUUUUCUGUGCAAGGUUUCUCCUUCAGCCACAGCUGCCUUAGACCAAGGAAAGAUCUGAAGGGCCAGAUGCCCUUCCCGAACCUUCCAGAGCAUCCCCAGGCUCCCAGAGAAAACUUCUCAAUGGUAAAUGGGAUCAUCACUCCUUCCCCAUCUCCCCUGCCUUACUCCCUCGCCCCGAGGGGUUCUGAUGAGUUGUCUUGGGGAUGUAAGCCUUUUCUUAGAUGGAAUACAUACUAGGAAGUUGGGUGGAUGCCCUUAAGAGAGAGAAAAGGGGAGGGACAAGGACAGGAGGAGAAAUUAAGAAGAGAAAAUUACUGCUUAGCUGGGAAUGGGCUGGAUCUAGGAAUUGGAGGCUUCCUCUGAUUCUGUCCCUCACCUCCUCUUCAUCAUUCUCUCCCUUCAACUGACUGAGAUUCCUCGGCAACACUCGCCAGCCCCAGUAGCUUUCUACCUCACAACAUACUCCCGUGAUGAGGAUGGAAUCUGGCUAGCUUUGGGGAGCCGAUUCAAAUUCGGAGACUUUUUUGUUUUAUUGGUCCAUUUUGGAAUUGCUGUUUUUAAAACUUACAGUGGUUUAGUGAUACGGAUGGACAGUAUCACUGAUUAAUUAAAUAUUCUUUAUA